AAUUUAAAUAAUCGUUUCACGUUUGUAGUUCCCUACAAUCUAAUCUACAUAAACAUUUAGAAUAAGGUGCUAAAAAGCAAGUUUUCAAUAUAAUUUUCAUAUAUUUACAUAAUUAGGUAUUGUAUGGUAUUGGUAUUUAUUAGUUUCAUUUCAACAGUGCGCCUAUGUAAUCAUACAGCAGUUAUCAUUUUUGGACUAUAUCUAACGAAAUAUUAUAAAUAAAAUAACCGAAUAAAUAUAUAGAAGUUUAGUUGAUUAUGUAAAUAUACCAGUAUAAAAUGUAGAUAAAUAAAAGCUUUAGUGGUGUAGAACCUUAUCAACAUUAUCAUUUGUAAAAAAUAACCUUUGUACUGUACUAAAGAAUGUUUAGCUUUAAUCUCAGCCUUUCGUUUAUUGUGGUAUUGCUAUCAUUACUCAUAUCCUAUAUCUUUGUCGUGUUGAACAAUAAUUCAGAUAUCAAAAUGGGAAAAAAUGGUUUAUUGUUUGUGUCAAAUGCUGCAAAAGCGCACAAUUAUUGCUUGAAGGCCUCACAGUUUGUUCAAAAAGUGCUGUACAUAAAGAUUAAUGAAAAUUCUUUUAAUACCUUGCCAGUUCUUAGUAGCCAGAUAUCUAAUAUUUAUACAAGGACAUCAUCAUAUUCCAAAUUGGAUGUUCGGUUGAUAAUUAAACCUAUGGAAACAGUUAAAAAUAUUAGGACAUAUCACCCCAUUGACCUAGUACUCUAUGAUAAUGAGCUAUCCUCAGAGAUAGAAAAGCUGAAGAAAUCAGUGGAGAGCCUUAAAACUGACUAUCGGAUACAAAGCAUUGGACAAGAGGGUGACCUUGAAAGUAUACCUCAAGAGCCUGUAAAGCAAUAUGAGUAUGUGGCACUGGGUGGGACAUUCGACCGGCUCCACAAUGGGCACAAAAUCCUCCUGUCACAGGCUGUGCUGCGCUCGACCAAGCAUGUCACUGUGGGGGUUACCGAUGUUAACAUGAUUCAGUAUAAACGUUUUAUUACAGCCAAAAAGCUCUUUGAAUUGAUAGAACCGACGGAAACGAGAAUCAGAGCUGUGUUAGAUUUCCUUACUGAUAUAAAUCCCGACCUAGAGUACAAUGUGCUACCCAUACAUGAUUUGUAUGGACCCACCAAAGAUGACCCUAAGUUUCAGUUAAUAGUAGUAAGCGAAGAAACCCAACGCGGCGCGCAAAAAAUCAACGAAAAGCGAAAAGAGAACGGUCUGCCAUUAUUAGACACUUACGUCAUCGGCCUCGCCCAGGACUCGAGUCCGCAGCGCUUUCACGAAGAGGAAGAGAAAGUGAGCUCCAGUAACCAGAGGAUGCGGUUACUGGGCACCAUGCUUAGGCCGCCUGUGGAGAACAACAAUAUACCCGCGUGGCCUUAUGUGAUCGGACUGGCUGGUGGCAUCGCCAGUGGAAAGAGCAAUAUUGCCGAGAAAUUAAGAUUAAAAGGCGCCGCCAUUGUGAACUGUGAUACGAUAGCUCAUGACUUAUACAAGCCAGGGUUACCGCUGAAUCAGACGGUGGCUGAUGCCUUCGGGGGCGACAUUAUCACGGACAGCGGCGAGGUGGACAGGCGGAAACUGGGGCAGAUCGUGUUUAGCGAUAAGGUGCAAUUAGAAAAGUUGAACCGACUGGUAUGGCCAGCGGUGAUCGAGGAGGCCCAGAGAAGAGUUCAGGCUCUCGGGCAGGAAGGGUACAGGGUGGUGGUGAUGGAGGCGGCCGUGAUGGUGCGCGCCAAGUGGUACAACCAGUGUCAUCAGCUGUGGGCCGUCAUAAUACCGCCAGAAGAGGCGAUCAAAAGACUACAAGAGCGCAACGGCCUUACAGAAGAAGAAGCGAGACAACGCAUUGAAUCCCAGCCUUCAAACCAAGAGCAAGUGUCGCAAGCUAACAUGGUGUUCAGCCCCUAUUGGAGCUACGAGUACACGCAGAUGCAGAUCGAUCGCGCAUGGCAACACUUACAGGAGUUAUUGGAUAGCAGGACGUGUAACUGCUAACAAUAUAAACUGAAAUAGAUGUCAUAUAUUAAAGAAAAAGUGACGAAGCCCUCCUGUGGUGAAGGCCGGAUUCGAUCCGGCGUCUUUAGCAAUCCGGGCUCUUGGCCACCCCGCCACGGCGGAACCCGUCCCAAUUUCUCGACUAUAUGCCAUAUUACUAAUAAAUAAAUAAGACUAGGCGUCUUUGACCAACUCUAAGGGCAAGCAGUACGCGCUUGCACCUCCUUUACGAAUUCCUUACUGAAUUACACACACGGAAAACAAAUCAAAAUAUUUAACAAAAUAAUUUGAUUUGUUCCCAAAGUUGUGUGCUAACAAUUGUAUAUUAAUUUUGUAUCAAGCAAAAAUGUCUGCCAACGAUGCUAUUAAGCUUAGAAUAAUUUAAAAGUGGAAAAAAUUACGGUCUUGGAUGUGACUUGAACUCACGACCACUGGAUCACUAGCCCAAUCCUCUGCCAUCUGAGCCACCAAGACCUCAUCCACGGAUAGCAAAUAUUUCAACCAUGUGGGCCUUUUAGGGAGGGGAGCUGUUUAAGAAGUAUAACACUUACAGUAGAUGUCGCUAGGGUGCCCUAGUCCCUAAAAGACGCUUAUAGUGGAAAUAUUUGCUCGCCCAAAUAGUACGAAAAAUUUUCCACUUAAAUUUAUUCUAAGCUUAAUAACAAUACAUUGUUAACCCUUUAAACGCUAUACCUAUCGUGAGCGUGAGCGUCGCGUCAACGUGAACGGGAAGAUUGAUGUUGGGCUGUAGCAGCGCGCGUCAGUUGCGUCUUUAGUGGUCAAAGGGUUAACCCUUUUUCAGGUCGCACCAAUGUACAAGGUUUUCCCAAAAAAUCCUAAAAUAUUCCAAUUAAUCCAGCUUUGGUGAUUAAUUUGAAGACAAGUGACGUUUAUCGGAAGUGCAAUCAAAUUUUAACCUUAAAUCGGAAUGAUAAGGUUGCAAUUCAAUAUGUGGUCGAUAAAUCGUACUAUGCCUGAAAAAGGGUUAAAUUGUUACAAGGCCAUCACUGACAUGUCUGUCAUUUACAACCUGAUUUUCUUUUGGCUCUAAUAAAUUUUGAUCGUUACAGAAAUCCCGUUACAGAUAAAGCCGGUUAAAGCUAAACGUAUACUCUGGCACAGCGACCUUGUCAUCAGAAAAAGGCGGCAAAUUUAAAAAAUGAAGGCGCGAAUAGUUGAAAUCCCAUAGAAAAUUUGAAUUUCGCGCCUUUUUUACUGACAAGUUGGGUGUGUUUUAGUAUAGAUGGCGUUUUCGAUGAUGGUUACCUUUUUUGUAAAGGCGUAAUACACCAUCGCACCGCACCGCGACCUUGGAGCAGUUCUAGGAAUAGGUAGUACUGGCGUGGGCUUCCACACUAUCGCACCGAACCGUCAAAACGGUGCUAUCCUACCUUACAGACUGCCGCACACGUGCGCCAGUGUUGCCAAGUGUCCCAUAUUUCCAUGUUUUUAAUUUUUUUUCAUACACGAGUAGGUAUGUAAAUUAUGCAGUCUGCCACGUUUUUAAACAUGUAUAGUCUGACUGGCAAACCAACUUUGUUAGUAGAAAAAGGAGGCAAUUUAAAAAAAUGUAGGCGCGAAGGUUUGAUAAUCCAUACUAAAAAUUUAAAUUUCGUGCCUUUUUAACCGACUUCAUACAAGGAGGAGGUAUAAACUUCGAGUCGAGUACAAUGCUCAAUAAAAAAUAUCUUAUUCUAAAAGAUCUCCGCGAGCUGUACCGGGUGCAAAGGUGCCCAUCACACUUGCAGGCCUUGCAGCAUUACCACGUUGGAUGGCGAUGGCUAACCUUUGCACCAGGUACGAACCUGCCCAAACUGAUUGGUUUGCCAGACGAUAGAUAUGGCAGAACGGAUAUCUCUCUUUUAGAUACAGAAAACAGGCCAUUAACGACAAUGAAAACGUACAUAACGAUACGUAGGUACCUAUAUAAGAAGCCACAAUCAAAAUUUAUGUUUA